AAUAAUAAAAGAAUCAAUCAUUAAAAGUGUUAAUUAAAGUUGUCGGUAUAGUGGAAAAAAAUAACCAAAAGAUACAUAAAUAUGAUUUGACAACUAAAUCGUUUAUCUAUUUGUUUGUGCAUUUUAAAUAGACGGCGGCUUUCCAGUUGGAAAUUUCGUCUCUGUGGAUAUUGGAUGGAACAUGUUUACUCCUAUUUAGACGAAUGUCAAGUUAUAUCUACAAAAAAGAACAAAAGGCAAAUUGACACAGGCUGUAGGAUAGAUGGAUAUUAUAUCUAUGGUAAAUACAACAUGCUCUGAAAAUGAAAACGAGGCGAAUGGAUCUGUUGGCUGUAACAGUGAUUCGUUGUAUGAAGACUACACAUCUUACGAUGAACAUAUUGCUGGAAUUUAUUUGUGGCAAAUCGUAGCACCGAUCAUGAUAAUUUUCGGAAACUUUGGAAGUAUCUUGUGUGUAAUUGUUUUAAAUAGAAAAUCUAUUCGACAGUAUACUAUUUCGGUAUUUCUAACGUCGAUGGCUAUUUCAGACACCGUGGCACUGAACACUGGUCUUCUCAGAAACUGGAUAUUAUAUACAUUUGAUAAAGAUAUACGGUUAUCAUCAGAUAUACUUUGCCGUUUCCAUACGUGGCUAUUAUAUUUUGCUCUCUCCUUUUCUGCUUGGAUGUUAGUAGCGGUUACUAUAGUACGUGCUGGAUUGGUUUGUUUUCCUAACAAAAUGAAGUUUUUAUGCACCAAACAAAAAGCACUAGUGUCUAUUGUUAUCAUAGCAGUCGUGUUGUCUUGUUCAAAACUUCCCAUAUUAUUCGGUGUAGGUGAUAUACUUGAAUACCACAAUGGCACAAUGACAAUUCAGCAUUGUGUGUAUUUGACAAAGAAAUAUAAAUUAUUUUUCAACACUAUUGGAUCUUGGUUGGAUUUGGUCUCAUUUUGCGUCAUACCUUCUGUUUUACUCAUUGUUGGCAAUACAAUUAUCAUAUAUAAAGUCAUCAAGUCAAGGCAAAGGGUUGGAGCAGCACAACAACCGACAAACGACUAUCGACAACGAAACCAAGGACAAAAGUCCAAAAUAUCGUCCAUGACAACAAUGCUGGUAGGGCUUAACACUGUAUUCCUAGUGUCAUCAAUACCUAUCAGUGUGUAUGUAAUCGGGUAUAAACAAUGGUACGAGGAAGGAGAUACACAUGACCUUGCUGUACUUGGUUUGAUGUGGCCUAUCACAAAUAUUCUCAUGUAUUCAAAUAAUACCUUUAAUUUCGCUCUGUAUAUUCUUAGCGGGAAACUUAUCAGAAAAGAAGCAUUAAAACUAUUGUGUUGUUCUAAGACAAAUAUUAACGCAGAUACAGAACUCGCCGCGAAUCGGCAACCAGAAGCAAAUGGUAUACAGAGAGUGCGGCAUAACAGGAUACUGACUAAUAAUAUGGCUCUACAAAGUGUCACACGGAUGAGUGAUAUUAAAAUACGAAAUUUGAGAAAUUUAAUACAGAUUGGCGAGAUAGUUCGACAACAACGAAUACAGAUGAUUGACGAAAUGUCCCAACCAAAAGUAGAACAGAAUGUAUGAAUAAUUCGAUGUAAGGGAUACAGAGUGGCGAAAUGUGAAACAGAAAAGCAAGAUCGAUGUAAAGAAUACGGAGUGGCGAAAUGUGAAACAGAAAAGCGAGAUCGAUGGAAAUGAUACGGAGUGGCGAAAUGUGAAACAGAAAAGCGAGAUCGAUGAAAAGGAUACAGUGGCGAAAUGUGAAACAGAAAAGCGAGAUUGAUGUAAAGGAUAGAGUGGCGAAAUGUGAACAUGAAAGCCAGAUCGAUGUAAAUGGUACAGAGUGGCGAAAUGUGAAACAGAAAAGCCAGAUCGAUGUAAAGGAUACGCAGUGGCGACAUGUAAAACAGAAAAGCGAGAUCGAUGAUCCAGUAACAUUGAACACGCACUAGUGAAAACAGAAAUGAUAUUAUAGUUUUUAGAAAUGUAUUUAAUUAUGUUUUCAAUACCAUUAUGAUAUAAAUUCAAUUAGCGCUCUUUUACGAAAUUAUUCUUGAUCUUAUAAUUCUGACUGAUGGUGAAACUUUAUCAAUGUUUUCCUAAAUGA